AUGACCAACUCAUCCUCCACGGCAGCGGCCGUCCUCCGCAGCACAUACAACAUCUUCAACAAGGCCGACUCGCUGCUCGAUAUUGCGCCAGCAGCUCGCAUGGCUGCGGCGUCUGUGUCCAAGUCCGUCUCGGCAUCGUCGGACCCGUUUGCCAGCCGGCUGAGCUACUACAUCGGCCUCGCAUGCGUCCUCCUCACCGUCUACCUCGUGCACGGCCACCGCAAGCCGAAACUUAACCUGCCCUUUUACAAGGCAGCCAAAACAAAAUGGAUCUUCAGCGCCGAAGACCUUGUUCGGGACAGCUAUAAUAAAUUCUACGACAAAGUCUAUCAAAUCAAGGCCACGGAAGGCACGCAGGUGCUCAUUCCGUCCAAGUUUAUCGCCGAACUGAAAGGCCUCCCGGAAGAGAUUCUCAGCGCCACCGAAGCCGUCAACGAGGCGAUGCUGAGCCAGUACACCAAAUUCAGUCUCGGGCACAAUGGCGACAUGCUGUCGGCCGUCGUGCGCACGAAGCUGACACAGAACCUGGCGCGGCUCGUGCCGCAGCUGCGCAAGGAGAUUGAGUACGUCGUGGCCACCGAAUUUCCCGAGUGCAACGACUGGACGCCGGUCAAGGUGCAUCCGUUCGGCCUCCGGGCCAUUGCGCGCCUCAGCGGCCGCGCUUUCGUCGGCACGUCCAUCAACCGCAAGGAAGAGUGGAUGGACACCAGCAUCAACUUUGCCAUGCACGUCUUCAUGGCUGUCGUGAAGCUGCAGUUCAUCCCGGCAUGGCUGCGGCCGAUCGGCCAGUUCUUUGUAUCCGACCUGCGCCGCAUCCGCGACGACAUUGCCCGUGCCAAGGCCAUGCUGCAGCCCAUCAUGGAGGAGCGGCUGCGCGACAUGGACAUCCCCGGCUACGAGAAGCCCGACGACCUGAUCCAGUGGCUGCUGGACACGCUGCCCGCGGCGGAGCGGCGCGACUUCCGGGCGCAGACAGAGCUGCAGCUGGUGCUGAGCGCGGCGUCGAUCCACACGACCAACAACCUGCUGGCAGACUGCAUGUUUGACCUGGCCGCCUACCCGGACGUGCAGCGGGAGCUGCGCGAAGAGGCACUCACUGUGCUGCACAGCGACGAGGCAUGGGCACGCAAGGACAGCAUGGUGCGCCUCAAGAAGAUGGACAGCUUCAUCAAGGAAGUGCAACGAUUCUCGGGAAACAUCACCGGCUUCAUUCGCAAGGUCAUGCAGCCCAUUACACUCUCCGACGGCACCUGCUUGCCCAGCGGCACCAAGAUCCUCGCGCCCCAGGUCGGCUACUCGCGCGACGAGCGCCACUAUCCGGAGCCCGACACCUUUGACGCCCUGCGCUUCUUCCGCCUGCGGCAGCGCUCCGAAGAGGACGGCCGCCGCUGGCAGUUUACCACCCUGGGCGACACCAACAUGAACUUUGGCGCCGGCAAGCACGCUUGUCCGGGCCGCUUCUUUGCCGGCAACGAGCUCAAGAUGAUGCUCUCGUACUACCUCAUCAACUUUGACAUGAAGCUGAAGAACGGCGAGGAGCGUCCCAAGCCCAUGAUGAUUAUGAUGUCCAAGACGCCGAACCCAGACGGCGAGGUGCUCUUCCGGCGGCGGACAGUCGACACAGUCGGCGAUGUUGACAGCACCAGCACCAGUACGAGUACCACAUGUGAAAACACAUUGUUAUGA